UACAUGCUUCCAUUAGGUCAGAUUAUCUCGGGACAUAACGUGAGCUACCACAGCUAUGCUGAUGACACACAGCUGUAUUUAUCAAUAGCACCUGAUGACCCCAAAUCUCUUGAUUCGCUAACACAAUGUCUAACCUGUAUCUCAGAAUGGAUGAAUAGUAACUUUCUCAAAUUAAAUAAAGAAAAAACCGAAAUCUUAGUGAUUGGCAAUAAUGGAUACAAUGAGGCUAUUAGAAAUAAACUGGAUGCAUUAGGAUUAAAAGUCAAAUCGGAGGUAAAAAGCUUAGGGGUAACCGUUGAUUGUAAUCUGAAUUUUAAAUCGCAUAUUAAUAAAAUCACUAGGACAGCAUUUUUUCACCUAAGGAACAUAGCAAAAGUUAGACCUCUUAUAUCAUCGAAAGAUGCAGAGAAAUUAGUUCAUGCGUUUGUCUUUAGUCGGCUAGAUUACUGUAAUGCACUCCUCUCAGGACUCCCCAAAAAAGACAUCAAUCGUUUGCAGUUAGUGCAGAAUGCAGCUGCUAGAAUCCUUACCAGGAAAAGAAAAUCCGAACACAUUUCUCCAGUUUUGAUGUCACUACACUGGUUACCUGUGUCAUUCAGAAUUGACUUUAAAAUUCUGCUUAUGGUUUAUAAAGCUUUAAAUAAUCUCGCCCCGUCUUAUAUAUCGGAAUGUCUGACACCUUAUAUUCCAAAUCGCAACCUCAGAUCCUCAACUGAGUGUCUCCUUAGAAUUCCAAGAGCAAAACUUAAAAGAAGUGGUGAGGCGGCCUUCUGCUGUUAUGCACCUAAAAUCUGGAAUAGCCUGCCAGUAGGAAUUCGCCAGGCUAAUACAGUGGAGCACUUUAAAAAACUACUGAAAACACAUUACUUUAACAUGGCCUUCUCAUAACUUCACUGUAAUUUAAUCCUGACACUCUGUAUAUCCAAUUCAUUAUAAUAACUAUUCAUUCAAAAUUUGUACUAACCCCUACUCUCUCUUCUGUUUCCUUUUCCGGUGUCCUAUUGGUGGUGGCUUGUGCCACCACCAUCUACCCAAAGCACCAUGAUGUUCCAACAAUGAUGGAUGGAUUAAAAGCCAGAAGUCUGUAUAACCAUCAGCAUCAAGUGACUCCGUGAGAACCCUAACUACAAAGAGGACUAUUUCAUUUAUGUUAGGUAGAA